AUGAUCAUCGGCGACAGCGGUGACGCCUCUAUCAACAUCGUGAAAUUCACCACCACUCACAAGCUCAAGCGAUCUAUCAUCCGCGAACGGUACGACAGACUCGAAGAAAAUAUCAUCUUUGACGAGUCAGAUGCCGACAGUUUUACUUUCCCUCAUAAUGAUGCCCUUGUCAUUACUUUACGCAUUUUAGAUACUUAUGUCAAACGUAUCAUGGUAGACGAUGAAUGUGGAGAGUGCUUUAUCCAUCCCCGAGUCCUCACCUAUAUGAGACUCGAGGACACGAUAGUGCCAUGCUGGAUCACGCUAACUGGUUUAAAUAAUGCAGUUGAGUGGACAUCAGGAGAAAUUACACUCCCUGUCUUGGCCGCCGGCGUGACGCUGGAGACGACAUUUCACAUCAUGGACCAGGAAACCGCAUACAAUUCCAUAGUGGGACGACAGUGGAUACAUCCUAUGAGAGCCAUCCCCUCCAGCCUAUACCAACUAAUCAAAUUCCCAACACCUUGCGGAAUAUUCAGCAUACGCGGAGAACAUCGUACAUCUCGGGAGUGCUACCGCAUUGCCUUAGACAGCAUGUCAACCCAACAGAAAAAAUCAAAGAAAAAGAGGCAUAACAAUCAACACGGCCAAGGUCGACACAAGAUGAAACCAGGGAUGUUAGUAUGGAUCCCGAAAUGGUCGAGGCUCCGGACUUGA